GGAAAUGAGGGUGGGAAUGGUGUGUAUGGCAUCAUACGAGAUCUGAUUGUGGAAGGAAAGGAUGCCAGAUUUGUGAACAAGAAGGGUCGCUACGUUGUAAACUGGUCCAGGGCCCUUGACUGCUUCACUGACUACAAGGCGAAAAAGAACCUGCAGUUCAAAAGCAAGGCAGUGUCGAGGAGAAAGAUCAGCAACGGUUUCAGGUCAGCCCUUCUGAACUACUACAAGAAGGAAGGUGCCAAAGAGUACAAGGAUGCAAAGAAAGUAAAUGAAAAUGAUGAAGUUGUUGAGAGACAGUUUCAGAUGCCUCCAAGGCUUUUCGGGUCAAUGUUCAGAGAUGUUGGAUCCACAGUCACAGAAGAUAGUGAAGAAGAUGAUCAAGAAGACCCUAGCAGCUUAGUCUCUAGUGAGGUAAGAUAGACCUGAUCUGUUCAAGGUGGAGUAUUAUUUCUUAUUAUUAUUCUCAUUAAACUCGACAGCUUCUGGAUGGCUUCCUGGAGUCUUCCUUAAACAUCAAGCCACCGCUCGUUGCGGUGUCCGAGAGUUUGCGGAGGAUUCUCUCUGCAAUGAUUCCAAGUGACACCAAUCUCUGCUAACCACUUUUCUAUAUUAUCAUUCAAGUCAGUUCCUAAUGCAUGCCAGUUAUAAGUUACUUAGCAGUUACUCUGUGAAAUUUCCAGAUCCAUUUCAACUUCUGCUUCAGGUCUUUGCAGUUCUCAAUUAAUUUCUGUCUCUCUUCGUCUUCGUCUAGAGUAGGUUGUGACAGGGUCACUAGACCUAGAAUUUCACUACUUUUCGUUACAUCAAGAAAUAUACUACUUUUCUAUUAUUUUACUUCUAAUAUUUUUGCGCUUAGGAAUUUCCGGGUUUGAUUUAGCAAGCUUGUGUAUCGCUUAGGAAUGAUAGUACGUGUGCCCACAAACCCACAUCUUAUUGCCUAAAUGCCUUAGCGGAUAUUAGCCUUUCGUGGUUUUUCUUUUCGGUAGAUUAUUUUAAUCAUUUAAUUGACCUUAUCUUUUUAAGUUAGUAGGAUUAACCUAAGGAAAUCCUGGCGUUCUGUUUUAGUGUGGUUUGGCAACACACCUUUUACUGUUUGCCGCGUGCAAAAUUAUUUAACACUUUGGUAUAAGUAGAGGCACGUUUUAGCCGUAAUUCAGUUGAGUUUGGACGCCACUGAAGAAACUACAGCAGCUGUAAAGUUAACAAGCGAACUUGCUUCUAGCAAGGUUUAAUCUUUCAGUAGUUCCCGUUUAUUUUAUUUUGUUUUAUUUUAUCGUUGCUGUAUUGCUGAUGGAUUUGAGUUUCAAAUAAAUUGCUUUGGAAAAAUCCUUGAAUCCUUCUCGUUCCUGCCGCUGACCGCCCCGUCCUGUUACAAGGUGAACAUUUCAUAUAUUUACUUUGCAGGGUGACGACAAACCUGAAGUGAGCCGUAGCACAAGCACAAGCGAUACUGGGUUUGAUGAAUUUAUAGAUUUGUCUUCCUAUGGUAAGAAUCCAAGAUAGAGAAGAUAUAUGUUGCAGUUAAUUUUUUUAUCUCAGGUAAUUUUUAUUUUUCCUUUGUUUCAACUUCGUUAGCAUUAUCAUACCCAAAAACAAAAGAAAAACAAAAUUACCUGAGAUAAAAAAUUAACUACACAGGGUGCAAAGAAAAUCAUUUUUACAGCUCGCCAUUCGGGCAAGCUGAAGCUAGCAUUUACUAGCCCAGACGUCAUUUCAACUAGCCCCAACGCCAGUUAAGAAGAUAAGGCAAGAACCGAGGCACGACCAAUUCGUGUAAGGCUUUAAUCAAACUGGGAUACAACUAGCAGCCGAGUAACAGUAACAAUAUGGCGGACGCCAGGCUACGAACAACAGGAAAAAGGCAUGCUAACUCAUAGUACCGCUGACCGGUACUGGCGCAAAAACUUUUUGACUAGCAGAAUUGAUUUCACAGCUCUUCUGUUAUUCGAAUUCCUCAAAAAAUAUCACUUGCCCGUCAGGCAAGUUAAAAACAGAAUGCACUAGCCCAAUAGCAAAAUCCACUAGCCCCGGGCUAUCGGACACUACUUUCUUUGCACACUGACUACAACAUAUACGUUUUCUGCACAUGCAUGUACAAUUUAUUAUUGUAUAUGUUACAGCUCAAAUUUGAUUUCAGGUUAAUUUUGAUAUAAUCUAGGUUAAUUGAUUGAGUGGUACAUGUAGCAAGACUAUACUAUAGUCUGGACUAUACAGGUUGUAAUCAACACCAUCAGUAGAUGAAGACCAGCAGUAUGUGGUUGAAACGUUGUGAACAAUGACGAAGAUAAAAGUGAUUGUCAAUAUCAUGAGACAAACAAUAAACUAGCCCCCUCCCCCUUUUCAGGGGAAGAAAGUUAAUAAGCCCUCCCCCCCCCCCCACUCAUUAUUCUUCACUAAUAAAUGAGUCUGUAUGAAUCAAUCACAACUGUAAAACCUUUUGUGGACUGAUCCGGGAUGGUUUAUUUACCAACCAGAAGUUCAGAUUUGAUUCUGAUCCUUGACUGCAUGACCUCCAACCUUCUUGCACUUGAGCUUUCCGCUUUGUACUCUAGUUCUUUAUGGAGAACUGAUACUAUCGUCUCUUCUAAAUGAAAUAAGCCCCCAUCUCAAAUAAGCCUCCUGUCUCUAUUAACCCCCUCCCCUCCCUCCUCAAAUGGGCUUGAAAUAUAUACCCCCCCCCACCUGGGGGAUAAAUAGUGGAUUUACAUUAGAUGUAUCUUUCCUUUUUUUUCAGGAAUUGUUGAACCACCUGAAAGUUCAUCAUUGUCUGGUGCUGGUAACUUUUUGACUGAUCUGGGUUUAGAUGUCAUAAACAGAGAAGGUGAAGAAACCAGCGUACGUCUCUCUGAUGUUCAGCUUCCCACAGCCUCUCAGGUAAAAAGAAUAUAUAGAAUAAUACAAAUUAAACCUCUGGUGAAUGAAGAUACAUUAAGUGUAAUCAACACAAUGCUGUUUAAAAAGAAUAUUGCUAAGUUUUAACAAAUCAGGGUCUUUUACUGAUGACAAUACUUUUAAACAACAACAACAAAAAAAACAAAACAAACAGAAUCAAAAGUCAUGAUCUAAAUCUUAAGAUAAUAGCUACCAAAAGAAUAGACAAUGAUGUACAUCACUUUUAUUUUAUUUAUGUACAAAGUAUUAUUUUUUGUUCCUAUAAAUCUGAUUUUUUUUUCCUUCCAGAUAUUUGACCCAUCCAUUCUUGACUCGGCCAUUGAAGAAAUUUGUUCUGACGCAAUAUCAGAUGACAUUUCUGAUGAAGGAAUAGGCUUGCUUGGAGGUAUGGAUUAAAACGAAAACAAGUUAAAGUCUGUUUUUAUUUUUUACUUUACCCUUGAUCUUUUUAAAUAAAUGGAACAAAAAAUAUGCUACUUAUUUAUAAGGGAACGCGUCCAAAUAUCGGUAGGCAACCCGAUCAUGGGAAACGGACCCGAUUAAUUUUCCGAUUGAUCGGAAUCGGUACCGAUCUAUAGGCACCAGUUGCCGUUUCCGAUUACGAUAAAAACUUUGCCGAUUCAAUCGGAGCCGGUUGACAUUCCGAUGUUCAUAUGUGUCAUCGUCAUAUUAUUUUAUCUGAUAUGUAAAGUGAAGCGUGUCACGAAACCAAAUAAUGAAAGAGUCGUUUCACUUCAAAGUAAUUUCAAUCGACUGUACCUUUUUCGUACUCCAUAACAAAUAGCAAUAUUGUAUGUUUCUGCAUGUUGUGUUUCGAGUUUGUUGAUUUGAUGCGUGCCUAUACACGUGAUUUUCGGCGUUUUGCAGAGGUAUUUCCUUCAGUCGAUCGCAAACACCACGCUGCUCCAUAACAUUUAUUCUAUGAGAAUUAAAAGGAGUUAAAUAUUACGACGCAAAACACCACUGUUCUUCGUUGAUAUAUAGCAAACAAAACACCAUACUGAGUAGUGUGUUCUUUACUCGAUACUAAUUUCUAACAAUGCAAUCCAAAAACACAACCGGAACUCACUUUCUCGAAACACAGCUGGAUUCAUAGACUUGUUACAAGUAGACCUCAACGGGUUUCCUAGCGAGCGGAGCGAGAGCAAAACCAUGGAUAAUGUAAAACCACGGGAUAAACUUUUACGAAAAUUUGCGUCUUUCAUUCAACGAUCCUAAACGCAAGGUGUAAUGCGAUCUGAGGCAAAAAAUACCGACCAAUUAGAUUGGGCCUCAGAUUGUCUCCAGGGAAUUGGCAACAGGAACUGAAAGAUUCCCACACUCGCGAGUCACGGAAGACACGAAACGAAGUUUCAUACAGGAGCUACCAAAGAGAGAAUGGCUUAGCGACUUUGCUGUAUGUUCUGUGAGCUUGAGCAUGGUGCCACGUGAAAUUGCUUUCCACUCUCAGCACUUAGAAAAAAUUGCGCUUGACUCUAGGUGGCUGACUGUUUGACAAAAAUCAGAACCUAUUUUACCGGAGUGUUCAACUAAAGUAAACUGGCAUACAUCCGGUAAGUUCGACUCAAUUUAAUAGCGGAAAGACAAUCGAGAAAGAGAAAACCAGUUGAACGCCUCCAUCAGUCACUUUUUUGAGUUCAUAUGCAACCAAUAAACAACUUGCAGCUUGAUUCUCAGACGAUGUCCUCUUCUCUCCUGUGGCAAUUUAGCAGUUAAAGUACACAACAUGGUAACAACAUUUGCAUUUUGGUCGUGGAUGUUCUGACUUCUAUUUUUUCCUUUACAGUCCUAAACUGUUUAUUCCUCCAAAGAUUCCUAUAAUCAUGCGUUUUGGCUUCCGGUUAGCAAAGGCUCAAGCUAUUUUAAAAUUAUCAUUUUUUUAAAUUAUCACAUCGUACACUUGCAAUGUACAUUGCGCCGUCUUUCACUCAAAAGAUGCCUGUUGUUUCUUCUCGUGCCCAUUUUGAUACACAAAUUUAAUAUUUUCUGUUCAUACUCUGUCAUAGGAAAUACAAACAAAUGUUCGAAACCGUGACGUUAAAUUUCGGUUCAAACAAGACACAUUUAUAAGAAAGAUAAGGUUAUAAAAAACAACAUUCACGCUUUUG